CUGUGUCCCCAGGCUGUCAGGCCCGUGCUGUGCCCAGUGAAGAGCCCAAGACGAAAUGGGAGGAGAUGGUGGACCAGUUCUGGCAGUAUGUGGCUGACGUGAACACCAAGAUGGAUGGAGUUGUGGACAACCUAAAGAGCUCCCAGCUGACCCGUGAGCUGGAUGGACUGAUCAGGGACACCAUGGCCGAGCUCAGCGUGUACAGCGAUGACCUCCAGAACAAGCUGGCGCCCUACACGAAGGACGCGGGCGAACGCUUCGCCCGGGACUUCGCCGUCCUGCGCGACCGGCUGCACGCCGACAUGCUGGGCGCCCGCAACAAGGCGGCGCAGUACAGCGAGGAGAUGCGCGUGAUGAUGGAGCAGAAUGUGGACGACGUGCGCAACCGGCUCAACCUGUACACCCGCAAGCUGAAGAAGAGGCUGGGCAAGGACACCGAGGAGAUCCGCAGGUAAGAGCACCGGGCUCAGGUCAGAGGUCAGCACU